AUGAACUCGAAUACAAAUCAAGAGAUAUUUUCCUUUACUGAUGAUAUUUAUAAUCUUCUACGCUAUUCUUAUUCAGUCGAUGAAGACACUGCUCGCCUUGAUGAAUUUCACCAAACGGAACAACAACAUGAUGAAUCUGCUAACAUUUGGUCCAAUUUCAUUGAAGGACCCGAUCUUCUUAUAUCGAAUGAAAACUUUUUGCUUGAUUUAGAUUGCAGCUUUAAUUCUGAGAUUCCAAUAGUAGAGGUUGAUUUCAUACCUUUUUCUGAUUUACAGUCUAAUCCCUCAAUAAUUGAUAAUGAAGAGCUACAGGUUGAGGAUAUUUCUGAAAAUCAACAAGAUGAGGACUCUUCAAACACACCACCCGAAAAAAAUAUUUUUUAG